UAGUAUAGAUCCGAUUGAUGCAAAUAUCAAUGAUUAUAAAAAUAAUAUUUUAAUACCGCCUUCAACUCAAAGGAUUAGAAAGAUAUCACACGCAUCUCAACCUUAUGUUAGUUUGAAUGCAAUUCCCGAAGAGAUGCUAACAAAUGGUUCAAAAGUAAGCAGUAGUGAGAAGACAAUCAAUGAUUGGGCACCGGAUGGUGGCUAUGGUUGGGUUAUAGUGUUGGCAUCUUUUUGCUGUAAUCUCACUGUUGAUGGCAUUUGUUAUACAUUUGGACUGUUUUUCAAUCAUUUUGUUGAUUCUUAUGGUUCAAGUAAAGCGAUGACAGCAUUAGCCGGUUCUCUACUAAGCGGUUGUUAUAUGACUGCAGGAGUAUUUGUUAGCGGCCUAACAAAUAGAUACGGGUGUCGUCCCAUUACAAUAAUUGGUAGCAUUAUAUCAUGUCUGGCAUUCAUUACAUCGACAUUAGCUCCAAAUAUAUUCAUUUUGCUCAUCACUUACGGAAUGAUAGCGGGAAUCGGAUUCGGAUUAAUUUAUUUACCGGCGAUAGUGACAGUCGGCUAUUAUUUUACAACAAAACGAGCCUUUGCUACGGGUAUAGCUGUUUGUGGUUCAGGUAUGGGUGCUUUUCUGUUUGCACCGUUAUGUCAAUGGCUAUUAUCAAUCUACGAUUGGCAAAAUGCUAUAAUUAUAUUAUCAGGUCUUAUACUUAACUGUGCUGUCUAUGGAGCACUCAUGAGACCACUUAAUAUUGUGAUCAAUCAAUUGGAUGACCAUCUCCUAGAAAAUAAAGCAAUUAAUAGUAGAGAAUCGGGAGUUAAUUUAACGACAGAUUUUGAUUAUAUUGAAGUCCAUGAGUCCAACAAUUUAGAUAUUAAUUAUAUUUCAGUUAAUUCUAAGCAAAAUAAGAUACGAUCCAAAUCUGAAAUCCGUCCGCCAGUUCUUGAAGAGCUAUUACCACAGGUUCUCCACAAAAGACAAAGUAUACAUUCAUCCCAAAGAUCUAUAAUAGUGCCGCCAAUGACCAGAAAAGACAUCUUUUACUCGGGAAGUACUCAUAAUAUUAAAUCUGAAUCAAACGGCAAUUUGAGUGGUGUUUUCAUUAAUAAUAAUCGCCACUCAAUUGAUGCUAAAUAUGCACAAAAACUGUCGAUCGCCAGUGAAUCCAUGUUUUAUGAGAUGAAAGACAUGGAAAAUUGGGAUAAUGACAAACAAUACAAAAUUACAAACAAACAAAAUAAUGACAAACAAAAUCUUAUUUUAACAAUAUUUGAUUUAUCUGUACUGAAACAGCCAGUUAUGGUAUUACUAGUUGUGGCCAAUAUUUUUGGGAUGACUGGCUAUUACAUACCUUUUGUCUAUAUUACACAAUACGCUAUGACUAUUAGUGAUGGUAAUGAACCGGUAACUUCAGGACAGUCGGCAAUGUUAGUGUCAGCUAUUGGCAUAUCAAAUGUUUUGGGAAGACUAUUGUUUGGUUGGAUUAGUGAUAAAAUUUCAAACAAACAGAUCUGUGGAUUGACUAUAACGGCGCUUACAAUAAACAAUUGUUGCCUUUUUAUUGCCGGUUUUGUCACUAUUUUGAUACCUCUUUGGAAUCAAUAUCUGAUUUUACUUAUUGAUUGUAUAUUAUUUGGUUUGUUUAUCUCCUCUUACAUGUCAUUGACUUCAAUCAUAUUAGUAGAUCUAAUGGGAAUUGAAUGUCUGUCCACAACAUUUGGAUUAAUCAGUUGCUUUCGAGGCAUGUCAUCAAUAUUGGGUCCUCCAUUAGCCGGUGCCCUAUAUGACACAACCGGUUCAUUUUCAUUAAUUUUUAUUUGUUCCGGUUUACUACUUAUCACUUCUUCUAUUUUACACAUUUUUGUAUCAAAAUAUGAAAAUCAUAACCAAUUAAAAUAA